AUGGAUCAUUCAGGCUCUUUGCCUCCUCCAUCCCCAUACACCUUCGCUAUUAUCCCCAACUCCUCUGUGCCCUCUUCCUCUCCCGCCAUCUCUCCAUCACCCAGCCUGGCGUCCACGGCUCUCUUCUGCUCCCUCCUCUCCCUCCUCUCCCUGCUGGGCAUCACAGGAAACCUGUACACUAUGGGCCUCCUUCUGAGACGCAGGAGAAGCAGGAGAAGACGUGGAGCAGGACCAAACUGCUGCCUGAUGCGAGUCCCUGUACCGUCCUGCCUCGCCAACUCCUCCCCUUCCUCCUCCCCCAUCUCCUCUUCCUCCCCCUCCUCCUCUCUUCACCUCCAGGUGCUGAGCCUGGCUCUUGCCGACCUGCUCUACCUUUUCACCGCUCCCUUCAUCGUGUACGACAGCCUGGCGUCCGGCUGGGCCUUCGGUGAGCCGGGCUGCCGUCUCCUCCUGAGCCUCGACCUCCUCACCAUGCACGCCUCCAUCUUCACCCUCACCGCCAUGAGUCUGGACCGCUACCGGGCUGUGGCCCAUCCCCUGCACACCUCCUCCUCCAACUCGUCCAGCCUGCUGCGUGUGGGCCUGGCCUGGGGGCUGGCGGUGGCUCUUAGUCUGCCAAUGAUGAUCACGCUGCACCUGGAGGACGGGGAGAACCAGGAGGGACAGCUGUGUGUGCCGGCGUGGGACGAGCAGAGCUCCAAGGCGUAUCUGAGCGUGCUUUUCUGCACCAGCAUUCUUGGUCCUGGUCUGGCCAUUGGGGCCCUUUAUGCAACUCUGGGCCGGCUCUACUGGGUGUCUCAGACCAGGCCGGCCUGGGCCAGUGGCAGUACUGCUUGCCCUCCUCGUGCCCCCAAACCCAAAGUCCUGCUCCUCAUCCUGGGUAUUGUCCUGGCCUUCUGGGCCUGCUUCCUCCCUUUCUGGAUCUGGCAGCUGCUGCCUCUCUACCAGCCCGACAUGCUGCGGACAGUACCGGUCGGGACGCAGGUGACGGUGAAUCGUAUCCUCACAGGGCUGACGUAUGGGAACUCUUGUGUGAAUCCGUUCUUCUACACACUAUUGACUGGAAAACGACGACGCAACCGGCAGACGCUGACAUCAGCAAACCAGCUCUGCCGUAAGAGCAGUCCGCUGCAGUAGUGUGUGUGUCUCUAACAGCAGAGACAACAAUGUGAGUGUGUACAUACAUGUGUGACAAGGUACUGUAUUUGAAUGCUUUAUGAUAAUAAUAGGCACCAAAGACCAUUGAUUUAUCCUUAGCCUACAAGCUAAGGAAACAGAACAAUACUAAGCAAAUGAUAGCACUUUGUAGAAAUGCUUUGUGAGAGAACUUCCUGUUAGGAGACAAUCAAAAACACUCUCUCUGUAAGAUGUGUCACCUGAUUAAUGCUUUAACUGAAAACGUUGGAGGGUCACUUUGUGUCUUUUCUUGCUGUAACCAAAUUUACAUAUUGAUUGUU